UGGGAAGUCUCGCUUGUGGUCACCGGCUCAGGGGCGGUGGCGGUAGGGACGGCCCCCGGCGUUUUGUGACCGCCCCGCUCCACCCUGCCUGCUUCCCCUAGUUCUCUCCCGGCUGGCGGCGACCGGCCACAGCUGCAGCGGGCUCGUGGCGUGCGGCCUGGAAUUUUCCUGACUCCUUGAACAUGAGCCCCACACAAUGGGACUUCCCUGUGGAAUUAUGUUGUCGGCCUAUGGCUUUUGUUACUCUCACGGGCCUGGAUGUGGUUUAUAAUGCUGUCCAUCGAGCUGUCUGGGAUGCUUUCUGUGCCAAUCGGAGGGCUGAUCGGGUACCGAUUUCUUUCAAGGUGCUCCCAGGUGACCAUGAGUAUCCCAAAUGUAGACCCAAGAGAACUUCGUAUGAAUGGUACAUUCCCAAAGGGAUCCUGAAGACAGGCUGGAUGAAUAAGCAUCUGAAUCUGGUGCCAGCCCUGGUGGUCGUGUUCUACGAACUGGACUGGGAUGAGCCCCAGUGGAAAGAAAAGCAGUCUGAGUGCGCGACCAGAGUGGAAAUAGUUAGGCAGAGUUUACAAGGGAGAAACACAAAAGUUGCAGUGGUUCUGAUUCAGAAGAAAACCCCUUUGCCCCCAGGAGAAGAUGUCAUUGCUUCAGAAAGGGCUGCAGCCUUGUGCAAUGCGUGUGAACUCUCGGGGAAGUCUUUGUUUGUACUGCCCCAUACGGACCACCUUGUGGGUUAUAUUAUAAGAUUAGAAAACGCCUUUUAUGAACAUGCACAGACUUAUUACUACACUGAAAUUAGAAGAGUGAAAUCUCAUAAAGAAUUUUUGAAUAAAACAACACACCAGCUUUUAUUUGUUAGACAUCAGUUCAAAAUAGCUUUCUUCAGUGAGUUGAAACAAGAUACACAAAAUGCUCUGAAGAAUUACAGGACCGCCUAUAAUCUUGUACAUGAAUUGAGAGCCCAUGAAACUAAUAUUCUGGAAAUUAAGACCAUGGCAGGAUUUAUAAACUACAAGAUCUGUAGGCUGUGUUUUCAGCACAACACCCCACUGGAUGCAAUUGCUCAGUUCCGAAAGCACAUCGACUUGUGUAAGAAAAAAAUCGGAAGUGCAGAGUUGUCUUUUGAGCAUGCUGCAUGGAUGUCUAAACAAUUCCAGGCCUUUGGAGAUUUAUUUGAUGAAGCUAUCAAGUUGGGGUUGACAGCUAUUCAAACUCAGAAUCCUGGUUUCUAUUACCAGCAGGCAGCAUACUAUGCCCAGGAGCGGAAACAGCUUACGAAAACCCUCUGUAACCACGAAGCUUCUAUAACGUACCCCAGUCCUGAUCCCUUAGAAACGCAAACAGGACUUCUUGACUUCUACGGACAACGAUCCUGGCGACAAGGAAUACUAAGUUUUGAUCUUUCUGAUCCCGAAAAAGAGAAGGUGGGGAUUCUUGCCAUUCAGCUGAAGGAGAGAAGUGUUGUUCACUCUGAAAUAAUAAUAACUCUUCUGAGCAAUGCUGUUGCGCAAUUUAAGAAAUAUAAGUGUCCAAGAAUGAAAAGUCAUCUGAUGGUUCAAAUGGGAGAGGAAUAUUAUUAUGCAAAGGAUUAUACCAAAGCUUUGAAGUUGCUGGAUUAUGUGAUGUGUGAUUAUCGGAGUGAAGGAUGGUGGACCCUGCUCACGUCUAUACUGACCACAGCUCUGAAGUGUUCCUACCUCAUGGCCCAACUGAAAGAUUACAUCACUUAUUCCCUAGAACUCCUUGGAAGAGGUUCAACUCUGAAAGAUGACCAGAAAUCUCGGAUAGAAAAAAACCUCAUAAAUGUCUUAAUGAAUGAAAGUCCUGAUCCUGAACCUGACUGUGAUAUAUUAGCUGUGAAAACUGCUCAGAAGCUGUGGGCGGACCGAAUUUCUCUGGCCGGCAACAAUCUUUUCACAAUAGGUGUACAGGACUUUGUGCCAUUUGUGCAAUGCAAAGCCAAGUUCCACGCCCCAAGUUUUCAUGUCGAUGUUCCCGUGCAGUUCGAUAUUUAUCUGAAGGCUGAUUGUCCACAUCCCAUUAGGUUUUCUAAGCUCUGUGUCAGCUUUAAUAAUCAGGAAUACAACCAGUUCUGUGUAAUCGAAGACGCAUCCAAAGCAAGUGACGUUUUAGAAAAUUUGACUCAGGGAAAGAUGUGCUUAGUUCCUGGUAAAACAAGGAAGUUUUUAUUUAAAUUUGUGGCAAAAACUGAAGAUGUGGGAAAGAAAAUUGAGAUCACAUCCUUGGAUCUGGUUCUGGGCAACGAGGCAGGAAGAUGCGUGGUCUUGAAUUGGCAGGGAGGAGGAGGAGAUGCUGCUUCCACCCAGGAAGCCUUACAGGCCUCCCGUUCUUUCAAAAGAAGGCCCCGGCUCCGCGACAGCGAGGUUCACUGGGACAGCAUAGUGAUCCAGGCGAGCACCAUGAUCAUUUCCAGAGUUCCAAACAUUUCUGUCCAUCUGCGACAUGACCCUCCUGCCCUGACUAACGAAAUGUACUGUUUGGUUGUGACUGUGCAGUCCCACGAGAAGACCCCCAUCAGAGACGUGAAGCUCACUGCUGGUUUAAAACCCGGACAGGAUGCCAAUUUAACUCAGAAAACUCACGUGACUCUUCAUGGAACAGAACUGUGUGAUGAGUCCUACCCGGCUCUACUCACGGACAUUCCUGUCGGAGACCUGCAUCCCGGGGAGCAGCUGGAAAAAAUGUUAUAUGUUCGCUGUGGAACAGUGGGCUCAAGAAUGUUUCUUGUGUAUGUUUCUUACCUGAUCAAUACAACUAUUGAAGAAAAAGAAAUUGUUUGCAAGUGUCACAAGGAUGAAACUGUAACAAUAGAAACCGUCUUUCCAUUUGACGUUGCAGUUAAAUUUGUUUCUACAAAGUUUGAGCACCUGGAAAGGGUUUAUGCCGACAUCCCUUUCCUGCUGAUGACGGACCUGUUGAGUGCCUCCCCCUGGGCCCUCACCAUCGUCUGCAGUGAGCUGCAGCUUGCUCCUUGCAUGACGCCCGUGGACCAGCUGGAGUCCCAGGUGGCCGGCGUUGUCUUACAGACUACAGAGAGCGCCAGUGAAUGCUUUUGCCUUCGUUGCCCAUCUGUUGGAAAUGUUGAAGGUGGAGUAGCAACUGGGCAUUAUAUUAUCUCCUGGAAGAGGACUUCAGCCAUGGACAACAUCCCUGUCGUCAGCACUGUCAUCACUCUGCCACACGUGAUUGUAGAAAAUAUCCCUCUCCAUGUGAAUGCAGAUCUGCCAUCAUUCGGGCGUGUCAGAGAGUCGUUACCAGUCAAGUAUCACCUCCAGAAUAAGACUGACUUAGUUCAAGAUGUGGAGAUUUCUGUGGAGCCCAGUGAUGCCUUCAUGUUCUCAGGUCUUAAACAGAUUCGAUUACGUAUCCUCCCUGGCACCGAACAGGAAAUGUUAUAUAAUUGCUACCCUCUGAUGGCCGGGUACCAGCAGCUGCCGUCUCUCAACAUCAACUUGCUCAGGUUUCCCAGCUUCACGAAUCAACUGCUCAGGCGUUUUAUACCCACCAGUAUUUUUGUAAAGCCCCAGGGCCGACUCAUGGACGACGCCUCCAUCGCUGCCGCGUGAUGUUCAGGACGGGCCUCGGCUGUUCUUACGGAGACGCUGCACAGAACUGUAUAAGUUUUUCAUGGUGAACUGUAGCUUGAUCAUGGUACAAGUUAAUCUUUGCUGGUUUUUAAUGGAUGUUAUACCAACUCUUCAGAGGAACUCAUGCUUAAAAUAUUAGGAAAAUCUAUCCUCUCUUAUAGUUUCACUAAUAAAUAUUUGAAAUCUGUCA